AUGUUGUCCAAGAAGAAUUACUACAAGGAGAAGAUGAUGCGGCGGAAAGAGGAGAAAAAGGUAGAACCAGAGACACCCAGGUAUCCUGAUCGUGCUAAGGAGCGCCGUGAAGAUCAAAACCCAGACUAUGAACCCACAGAGCUUGGUUCAUUUCAUGCUGUGGCACCUCCUGGAACAGAUUUGAGGCUGGCAGAUGCACACAAGAUUUCAAUUGAGAAAAGCAAAUAUCUUGGAGGUUGGUUAUGUGAUGCUAAUGCUAUACUUCUUCUUGAAGGGAAUGAUUUCCCUUUUUAUGGGGAAUUGGCAUGUCUAUUUGUUACCUCUAUUUUUUAUGGUUUUUGA